AUGAUGGAGGUGGCCGAUUUUUUUGUGAAAAACCGCGUCAUUCUGGGAUCGUCGAGCAAGUGGCGCCGGCAGGUUCUCGAAAGGCGGGGAUGCCCCUGCGGCCAGAUAUCGCCUGCCAUUGAUGAGAAACAGAUUCGCCAUGAUGAUCCCGUUGUUCUUGUAACGAUGCUCGCGAACAAAAAGGCUGACGCAUGUCUAGAAAACCUCAAGAAAACGUCUCCAAGUAGUGUGUUCCCUGAUGGCUACGUCUACCAUCUCCACGCACGAAGUUCACCUGAAACAGGCGGCAUAGGUACAAACAUGGCAGUCCCGAACAACUCGGGGACGGUUCUUCCAUCAUACCCCAGUUGGCUGAUAUGCUCUGACCAAGUCGCAGUAUUCAGAAAUAGCAUCAGGGAAAAGCCGGCGAACCGGGAUGAGGGAGAAGCCUUUUUGCGGGACUAUUCCGGGAGUGGCGACCCGGUCCAGGUGAUCAACGCGACUGUGCUCGUCAAUUCCUAUUCGAAGAGGCGAAUCGAGCGGAUCGAUAAGGGUGCAGCGUGGUUCCGCCACAUACCCGAUGCAGAUAUCAAGGAGAUUCUUGACAAAGGAUUAGUCCUAGCCUGCGCGGGGGGAUUCGCUAUCGACGACGAAAUUAUGAGUAAAUAUGUCGAGCGAAUCGAUGGUGAGGAAGAGUGCUUCAUGGGACUACCUAUGUCCUCAUUCGGGAAACUCAUCGAGGGCGCUAUUGCGCAGGAAGGUGGCCCGCUCUCAGCCGGCGUACAGAAGUGUGCGCGUGGAUCAACAGAUCUCCCUUCAGCGGACCCCCGGGUGACCUGGGCUGAUGAGUGA